CUUUAAAAGUAGUGUUAAAUAGGGCAAUUAAAGGUGUUUCUAAAAGUAGUUAUCAAAAGAAGAUGCUCUUCUUAAUUAUUCUUCUCUAAGAUUUGUUAUUUCUCUCCAUUUUAUUCUCUCCCAACUAAAACCCCCUGAAGGUGCUUGUUUUCUUUUGACACUUUCAUCAUGGUCAUCCCACAGUAUAAAAAACCCCCAUUGAUUGUAUGUGUUUUCCAUUCAAUUUACAAAUGGGAGAAAGAAAACUUGCUUUCCUUUUUUACCCCUACUUGGUACUUCCGUUUCGUCAGCCUGUCAAUUUCAUUAACAAAGACAAAAGACAAAGUUAGAAAAUCACAAGUUUUGUUCGAGAAGAAAACCUUAAAAAACUGGAAAUUGAAAGGGAAAGGAAGGAGAAGUGGGGACCACAGUCCACAUACUGCCUUUGUUUUCCAAAUGCUUUGCAUGGAAGCAGCCGUCCGUUGUGUUAUUCUUCUUGCACACAAAACACACAAGCCUCAUUCAGAUUCGCUUCCCCUUCCUCUCUCUGAUCACUGAUUACAUGACUCAUCUCUCGCCGUCUCUCUUAAUAGCUUCAACCCUUUUUUCUCGAUUUGUUUAGAGGGAGAAACUCUCUAUUCUGCUUUCUAUUCUUCCACUUGUUUCUAUGAUCCUUUCUUCUUCUAUAUGAACACGACUCUGCUCUGAAACCCAAGCUUUUCUUUUCUAUUCUAUCUUUUUGCUUGACAUUUAUCAAGGAUCCCAUCAGUCCUUUAUACUCCUUUCAUCUUUUGUUCUUUUGCUGCUUUAUUCUUCAAGGAGAAUCCUUAUGUCCUGAUUGCAUGUUAAGAGGAGUAUCCAUCAGUAGAGGGUAGAAAUAUGGGGGCCUCUGGCUCUAAAAUAGAAGAGGAUAAGGCCCUGCAGUUAUGUCGUGAAAGGAAGAAGUAUGUUCGUCAGGCACUGGAUGGAAGAUGCUCACUGGCUGCUACUCAUGUUGCAUAUAUUGAGACACUAAAAAGUACAGGAAGUGCUCUUAGAAUGUUUGUUGAGCUUGAAGCUCCGGUUGAGUCUUCGCUUUACACUUCGACUAAUGCUACACCGGAGCCCCUUACUUUAAACAAGAAGUCUCUUUCCCAGUUUUCAUACUCUUCUCCAUCUUUCUCACAACGUGUAGAUGCAACUGAAGCCUUUUCUCCAUCACGUUCUCCUCUUACUUCCAGUCAUUUUCAUGUGAACCAAAUGAAAUUUGGGGUUAUGUCUUCAAAAAUAGUUGAAGAGAAACCCCCUCUAAAUGAUAUCAAAUUGGUUACCUCAUCAAGUAUUGCACAGAAUACCCCACCCCAUUCCACUGAAAAACAAGAAUCAUCACCAUUUGAAGCUUCUUCUUUGCCGCCAGGAACUCCACAAUGGGAUUUCUUUGGUCUUUCGCAUCCUAUUGACCAUCAAUUGUCAUUUCAAGAAGGGAAGGAAUUGAACCAAGGGUCAGAAACUGUUGAUGAUUUAAGACAACAUAGGGAAGUGGAGGGUCUUUCUGAUCUGGAAGAUGAAGAGGGGGCUUCUUUACAUGAAAGAGAAGAAACUCAGGGUUCAGAAGACGAAUUCGAUGAUGAGACUCCUGCAGAUACUCUAGUUCGAAGUUUUGAAAAUCUGAAUAGAGUAAAUGACCAUAAAAUAGCCAAUGCAUCAUCAGCUAACCCUUCUGCAGGUAGUGUAGCUUCAGAAACUGACUUUAUCAAUGGGGAAAAGAGCAAUUCUCCUGAUUUGUCACCACUACGAGGUACACCCUCUGGUGUUUCUAUUCCAACUGAAAUAAAGAAAACACCUGUCAAAGAAGAUGGUUCUGAAAACAGGGCUGCCCCUAAAGACUUCCAUUCUGUCAUGAAAGAUAUUGAGGUCCUCUUUAUAAAAGCUUCUGACUCUGGGAAAGAAGUUCCUAGGAUGCUUGAAGCUAAUAAGUUUCAAUUCCGUCCUAUUUUUCCAGGAAAAGAAGGCGGAUUGAUGACAGCCUCGUUCUUCAGAGCAUGUUUCUCUUGCGGAGAAGAUCCAAGCCAUGUUAAAGAAGAGCCUCCUCAAACCGCUGAAAAGUACUUGACUUGGCAUAGGACAACAUCGUCUCGAUCAUCUUCAUCUGGGAAUCCUCUGGGAUUAAAUGCAAAGGACGACGCUGAGGGGCUUAGCAACAAUCUUUUCUAUAAUUCCUGCAUGAUUUCAGGUAGUCAUGCCUCAACCUUCAAUAGACUAUAUGCGUGGGAGAGGAAGCUUUAUGAUGAAGUAAAGGCCAGUGAGUUAAUCCGAAGUGAGUAUGACUUGAACUGUAAAAGCUUAAGACGGCUUGAGUCAACAGCAGAGAGUUCAAGGAAAAUUGACAAGACUCGAGCUGUUAUCAAGGAUUUGCACUCAAGAAUUAGUGUUGCAAUUCACAGAAUUCACUCAAUAUCCAAAAGGAUUGAGGAUUUACGGGACAGUGAACUGCAGCCACAACUUGAGGAGCUGAUUGAAGGGUUGAGUCGAAUGUGGGAAGUAAUGUCUGAAUGUCACAGGCGUCAGUUUCAAAUUAUCUCUGUAGCAUACAAAACUGGCAACAUGAAAAUCUCUGUACCAUCCGAAUCACAUCAGCAGAUCACCGCUCAUCUUGAAGAUGAACUAAGAUUGCUCUAUUCAAGUUUUACAAAGUGGAUUGGUGCCCAGAAAGCUUAUCUGAAAGCCAUAAACUGUUGGCUUGAGAAAUGUGUUUCCAUUCAACAAAACUCUUUGAAGAGAUCUAAGAGAAAAAAUCUUCAAACCCAAUUCUUGAGAAAAUUCGGCCCUCCAAUAUAUGUAACAUGUGGCGCUUGGUACGACAAGCUUGAGGUAUUGGAGCCGUCAAUAAAGGAUGUCUCAGACUCUAUUAAACGUUUGGCAGCAGACACAUCUGGAUUUUUACCACACCAAGAAAAGAAUGAGGGGAAGAAUGCCAAUCAUCCAUAUUCAGCAUCUGGGAAGGAUGACAACAGUAUUUCUGCAAUUAAUAUGUCAGGAGAUGAUGCUAUGCAAGAAAGGAUGUCAGCAUCCAGGAAAGACGACGGCAUCAGUGAUUCUGCGUAUAACAUAUUCAGAGACGAUGCUUUGAAGGAUUCUUUUGGGACAAGCUUAGUUUUCUUUAUUGGUCAAUUGAAGUGUUUCGCGGAAGCAUCUGCAAAGAUGUAUGCAGAACUUGACAAGGAAAUUCAAGAAGCUAAGCUUAAUUAUGAUAUGUCUGUCCAAGGAGCCGAGACUGGCAAUGAUGAAAGCAAUGUUCAGGAGCAACAAUCAAAGCAAUAACCAUUGCAGUAACCAAAGCAGCGACCCAUCAAAGGAUCAACUGUAAAUUAUUCUAUCCGGAAAAGAGUCGCACCGGAGAAGACCAAUACAAAUUUGUCAAGCGAUCAUGGCAAUUUGGGUUCAAGAAAAAUAUGACACAUGUAGCAUUUUACAUAGGAUGCAGCAUUUUUAUAUUGAGAACGGAAUGUAAGGAUAUGUGGUAGCUGUUACAUUCAGUAAGUCAAUAAAUAAGCUCUGCUUUUGUAAAAAUGGAUGCCAUAGAUGGGGUGAUUUGUAGGCCAAAGCUGUAAUUAGAGGUAUGAAACAAAACUUGUAUAGUCUCUUUCUUACUUUUUUUUUCCCCCAAUAGUGAGCAUAGAAACUCAGAUAAAUUUUCACCCAUAUGCUCUCAUUUUGGUUACUAUAAAGGAUUAAAUUGUCAUUGAAGUACCCAGUAUCCAAUCAGGAAGUCAUGGUAAUGCUGUGAGCAGUACCUUCUGAUUCUGAAAACUGGAAAUUUGUUUUAAGGCAUAAAUGCUCUUAGUAACAGGUAAGGUUGUAAGUGAAUCAGGUCGAUUUGUUCUCACACUUAAAUUUGG